GCGUGGCAGUUGCGACUUCGUGCGUGGUAGUUGUCGCAGCCUGUGUGGCAGCGUGUGUGGCAGCGGAAAACGAAAGCGCAAGCAAAGGCGCUAGCGAUAAACCAGGCGAGCGUGCGUGGUCGUUGUGGCGGCAGCGUGUGUGGCAGCGGAAAGAGAAGGCGCAAGCAAAGGCGCAAGCGAUAAGCCAGGUGGCCAGCUUCGGCGGGGCGUACGCUGCCUCGAUCGUUAUAAUGAGAAAGAGGAGGAGAAGGAAGCUGCUGCAUCCAGAAAGGCAAAGAUGGAAAGCUAAUUAGUUUGAAUGGAAAGCUAAUUAGUUUGAAAACCGAAGGAGCAUAUCUAUGGGAAUCGGGGAGAGAAAGCGAGCGAAGCAAUUGGGCGCGGACUAUUCACGGGGUUGAUUUGUAGACCGGAUGCGGAGGAGGAGGCGGAGGAGGAGGCGGAGGAGGGGGAAGUAGAAGAAGAAGGAGGGGACAGCGGGGUCUGAGUAGGAGAGGAACGAGUAGGGAGAAGAAGGCGGGGCAGAUCAAAGAGGGGAAGGGGAGCAAACUCCCUCCUGAUGGCGUGAUUGGCCCAUCGUGGAAAGCAAGCGAAGCGCGGGACAGAGAGAAGCGAGAAAGGCGGCUGCUUUAACAGAGGAAGCGGAGCAAGAAGGAGAACAUGCGUACACUGCUUGGCCUUGGAGUACUAAGCAAUGCUGGGACCGCUUACUCCGCUUAAGUUGUUCCUUUACGUAAACGGCGAAUGAGAACGAUUGACCGAGGGGCAGAGAGAGAACGUUAGGUGCGCUGAAGGACCAUCAUCGGUUCAUCAUCAGUAGCCAAUGAGGGAGUAGGGACAUAUCAUUGGCGGGGGUUGGAGGGGUAAUCAAUCAGGGGGAAGGAUCGAUCGGUUGACUCGGUCGAGGGAGGUGGGCACCAGGUCCUCGGUCCGAAGCAAAGCCAUAGCCCUUGAUCAGCUGAGGUGUCGGACACGGCCAGUUAAAAGUCUUUUUUUUUUUUUUUUUUUUUUUCUCUGUUUCUGGUCUUUAUUUCCGCCUGCGCUCUUUCAUAAAACUUGUACAUCAAUCUUUCAGGGACCGUUUUUAUCCAAAGGGGGAACUUGGACUUUGGGGCUGUCACUCGCGGCCGAUAUUGUUUUUAGGGUAGAAGAGAAGUAGGGAGGCGGCGGGGAGGGGGGGGGAGGGGAGGGCGGGCGCACAUGAGCUAGGAGAGCCAGAGCAGGAGGAGCAAGAAUCCAAAGAGUCUAGAGUGGUAUACAGUGUGAUAGACAGCUAACGACGUUAAGGUUGAGGGUUUAUUUUUUCGUAGAUAGUAGUUGAAAGGCAUCGGGAAACCGCCCUGCGUGAGAGAGGGGGCGAGGGAGAGGAGGAGGGAGAGCGGAAGGGAGGUGUCUCUUUUGAGACGAGGCUGGGUAGUACUCGGCCCGAUUAGAGAAACAGCGCGUUUCGCCAUCUCGGGUUGGAGUUGGCAUCAGUAAUCAGUCCCGUCGGCCGCUCGUAGGAAAGCCAAGCCAUCUUCACAAGCAGGGCACAGCAGCUGGGCGAAAUCUCAUCAUCCCUGCUGUAAAGCCUUUGUACACCGUGGUGUAUACAGAAUGGGGGGGACAGAGAAGAGGGGCUUAGACAGGGAGGAAAGAGGGGCGGCAUAUCAUUACCAGGAGAAGAGACCAAGACUGGCGAGGUUAGUAAGCGUCAUCCAGGCAGUGAUGGAUGGGCGAUUGCUGUUAGCUGAGGUGCAACGGAAGAUGGAACCGACCCUACGAAAGAUCGUCCGCGAGGAAGUGCAGAUCGGAAUCGCCUCUAUGGUGGAAUCUUUGAAGCGUGAGGUGAAACACUCUCUGGUUUGUGCGGUGGAGAACACUCUGCCGCGCGUGGUGGAGGCCACUCUGCCGCGCGUGGUGGAAGCCACUCUUCCGCGCGUGGUGGAGGCCUCGAUGUCUGAAUUUCUUCGGAACAACCCAGUUCCUGAGCUAGGUACACCAAGGAUGGCUACAUCACCGCGGCAGGAAGGAAGUGUGGAGAGGAGGUAUCGGCUGCGCUUCAACAAGCGAUUGAAGACGCCGCUGUUCACAGGCAGCACGGUGCUGGCGGAUGACGACUCCCAGGUGGUCAUGGAACUGGUCGACGAGAAGAACCAUGUAAUCUCUGUGGGACCCGAAGCUUCCGCAAAGGUGGAUAUCGUCGUCCUCGAGGGAGACUUCAGACGAGAGGGGGAGCGGUGGGGAGCGGAGGAGUUCGACGCUGCCGUCAUCAAGGAACGACCUGGCCGGCGACCGCUAAUUACUGGCGAUCAGUCUCUCACCCUCCGUAACGGAAGGGCCGUGAUCAACGACCUUAGCUUUACCGAUAACUCCAGCUGGAUCCGCAGCAGGAAGUUCCAGCUUGGAGCUCGAAUGGCAGAUGACACCAUGAGAGCGCUUGUGAAGGAGGCGAAGACCGAAUCCUUUGGCGUCAAAGAUCAUCGCGGAGAAUUGUACCGAAAGCAUUACCCACCGUCGUUGAGGGACGACGUGUGGAGACUGGAGCGCAUAGGGAAAGACGGUGCAUUCCACAAACGACUGGCAUCGCUUGGGGUGCACAACGUGGAGGAUUUCCUCCGCGUUGUCACCCGCGACACGGAUUGGAUCCGAAAGGAACUCGGGAAUGCCAUGUCUAAUCGCAUGUGGGAGGAUGUCAUAGCUCAUGCGAAGACCGUUAUACUAAAUGGCAAGUUUUACAUCUAUUGGUUGCCUGGAAUGGAGGGACGGGGGGUGCUGCUCGACAAUAUCUACCAGGUGCUCGGCUUCAUCAACCCGGACAACAGUGUGACUCCCGUCGACAAGGUCCCAGACGAGGAAAAGCCAAUCCAGGAGAGAUUCAAGGAGCAAGCGUAUGCGGACUAUGAGAAAAUCGUUGAGCACGAUGGGCGUCCGCUCAUCGAUGCUACUACAGGGCAGGCGAUGCCAAGGCCAAUAAAUAUCACGGCUGCGGGCAAACCCCCAGAUGCCGCACAGUCUCGACCUGCGAAUGCGCCAGAGAUUGUGGUCGAUCAGCGGCUGCUUCCCAUGAUACCAACUCCUCGACCAGUUAGUGUAAGGCAGUCUCAACGAUAGCGCCUGUUGGCACCGUGGAAUGACAAGGUGUCUGCGUUAAUAGCUGGGGUCCCGUGCCUGGGAAUGACCAAGGUGUUCUGCUGCUCUGAUAGGGCCUGUCUCUGACGGAUGGCUUUCGUUGGCUGGUGUGAGGGGCCUCCACGGAGCUCACUGGUGUUUCUGGGAACACGUUUUCUCUACGUUUUAUGUGUCUUUCUAGCAUGUAAUUGAUUAGGAGGGUGUUGGAGAUCUCCCUCCCUAUAGCAGUUUUGCUCAUCAGUGUCAGUCCGUGAUUCUAUUGCCCAAGCUCCGUGUACUGCCAGUUCAGCACGUAGGUGUUUCUGGGAACACGUUUUCUCCCUCGUAGGUAUUUCAUGUGUCUUUCUAGCAUUCCAUUGAUUAGGAGGGGGUGUUGGAGAUCUCCCUCCCUAUAGCAGUGUUGUUGUUCAUUAGUGUCAGUGAUUCUAUUACCUAGGCUCCAUGUACUGGCGGCUUAAGCUCCGGUUCCGCUCUUGGUUAGACCUUUCCAUGCUCUUAGUGAGUGCACCACAGAUUUUGGUAGCGUGACUGUACCAUGGAAUUACAUUACGUCUGCGGCGUAUCGGAGGAGUUGUUGGAAAAUUUGCUGGAAAACGGUUUGUAGAGAGCCGGGGGGGGGGGGGGAACUUGAUUUCGUUUAUUACGACUGUAUAGUUACUUUCUGGGAUCUAACGGGGCACCAUUGAGGGCAAAAUUGGCCAGCCUGUUUUGCUGGAGGCUGGGUUCAUUCUUCUGCCCCAUGAAGGUGCGCUGGAGUGGGGCGUGUGGCAAGCGAUAGUGGGCGGGUGGGUGAGAAGUCAUAAUAGUGGCCGGGUAUUCAUUGUACAAUUGUUGACAGAAGGAAAGGGGUCUGAUGCAGUGCUGCGGCACAUCCUAAGAUAGUAAUCCACGCUCUUUCAUCCUCAUUAACCAUGACAUCUGUCUGUCUGUUUACAUCUGCUCCGUAGAUCUGUGUUUUUCAUUUCUCCUUAGGUCUGUCGCUUUUCAAAACUAGUUAGAUUUUUUUUCUUCUUCUCGGAAUGAGGAAAAAUAUGUGCGUAUGUCAUAUGAUGGUCUUGCUGUGUACAUUAAAGUGAGAAGCGAAAUUCUUUUGGUAAUGAGGAGUCCCAGAGGCGGAUGUGUAGUAGGGUGGGGGUGGAGAAAAAAAAGAAGGGUACAUUUUAUACUGCUGGGCGUGGUCGCAGAAAAACAAAACGCGAGUGAUUGCCGGCUCUUUUUUUUUUCAAUUUCUGAAGUUGUUUUUUUGAAAAUUUUCAGUGGAGAAGGAAGGUGUUGCUUUCCAUACACAAAAUUACGCAGUUGUGAUUCUUACGGCGGACGUAACUCUUUUUUUCCCUCCUUCCUUCCUUCCUUCCUUCCUUCCUUCCUUCCUUCCUUCCUUCCUUCCGUUUUGAUAAGUUCUAAUCAUUUCCCCUUUUUUGAAGUUUAUUUUUCUAGUUCGUUUUCCGGCAGUUGUGUACAUAGCGCACCGGUGACUUGGACUUUGACUUUGACUUUGGGCCCUCAAGAGGAAAAGAGCAAUUGAAGGAACCUCUCUUCUGGAGUGUGUCUCUUCUCUGGCUUGUUGGUCGCAACAAGAGGGUCUCUGCUCUGUUUACGUUUACGUGAGAGAAGAGCGAGUUGUUCAUGUAUCUUUGAGAGAGAGGGGACUAGAUGCGUCAGGUGACAGUCGGAUGGAGGGAGGUAUAUUUUAAGGAGGGGGUUGGUCAAAUUUGUAUCAACCUUUGGGGAAGAGGGUAUAUGAGAUCGAUGAGGGCGACGGCUUUUCUUGUUCAGGCAAAAACUGUGGGAGCUGAACAUCUUUAUUAUAAAUAAGGCUCUUUAUUAUAAGUAAAUAAAUAAAUGACAGCAAAUAGGCUAAUCACCAGAAGGUGGUGGUAAAGAUAGUGAGGAAUGCAGCACCACAAGGUGGUGAAAAAAGGGGGCGCGGGACGCUUUCUUGCUCU